AUGAAAGGUGUUAGGGUUUCUCUCGCUUGCGCUCUAAUUCUUUUUGCAGUGUCUUCAAUAGCUUCUGCUGCAGUUGUUGAACACACCUUCAAUGUACAAAACUUAACCGUGUCUCGGCUGUGCAACCGGCAAGUGAUAACGGUGGUUAACGGAAGCUUGCCUGGACCAACAGUACGCGUCAAGGAGGGUGACUCGCUUGUUAUUCACGUCCUCAACAAUUCCCCUCACAACAUCACAAUUCAUUGGCACGGAAUAUUUCAUAGACUAACAGUUUGGGCGGAUGGACCGAGUAUGAUCACACAGUGCCCAAUCCAGCCUGGCCAUAGCUACGCUUACAGGUUCAACAUCACUGGCCAAGAAGGUACUUUGUGGUGGCACGCACACGCGUCCUUCCUGCGCGCCACCGUAUACGGUGCUCUCGUCAUCCGCCCUAAAUCCGGUCACUCUUACCCGUUUCCCAAACCCCACAAAGAAGUUCCCAUCUUAUUCGGUGAAUGGUGGAACACUGACGUGGUGGCGUUAGAGGAGGCCGCAAUUGCUACCGGAGUUCCUCCAAACAAUUCCGACGCUUUUACGAUCAAUGGCCUACCCGGAAACCUAUAUCCCUGCUCCAAAGACAGGAUGUUUAGCUUAGACGUGGUGAAAGGAAAAAUAUACUUACUCCGUAUCAUAAACGCGGCAAUGAACAUACAAAUGUUUUUCAAGAUAGCCAAUCACAGGCUGACAGUUGUCGCCGCUGACGCAGUCUACAUCAACCCUUACGUCACCGACGUGAUCGUCAUCGCACCUGGCCAAACCGUCGACGCCCUACUCUACGCAGAUCAGUCAAUCGGCUCCUCGUACUACAUGGCGGCUCAUCCUUACGCCAGCGCACCCGCCGUGCCUUUCCCCAACACCACCACCCGAGGCGUCAUCCACUACGGCGGCGCGUCGGAAACAAAGAUGUCGAAGCGCGUGCUGAUGCCUAAGCUGCCUUCCUUCUUCGACACGCCAACGGCGCACAGAUUCUACUCCAACCUCACUAGCCUAGUCGGUGGACCCCACCACGUCCCGGUGCCUCUCCACGUGGACGAAGAGAUGCUCAUCACCAUCGGGCUCGCGCUAGAGGCCUGCUCGGAUAACACCACGUGUCCCAAAUUCUCUGCUUCGAUGAGCAAUCACUCCUUUGUCUUGCCCAAAACCAUGUCCAUUUUGGAAGCGGUUUACAACGGCGUCGACGGGAUCUUCACGAGGGAUUUUCCGGACCAGCCUCCGGUUAAGUUCGAUUACACGAACCCGAACAUAACCCAAACAAACCCGGAACUUCUCUUCGCUCAAAAAUCAACGAGCGCUAAGGUUUUGAAAUUCAAUUCGACGGUGGACGUGGUGCUGCAGAACCAUGCACUUAUGGCGGCGGAAAAUCAUCCCAUGCACCUUCAUGGAUUCAACUUCCACGUUUUGGCUCAAGGGUUCGGUAAUUAUGACCCGACCCGUGAUAAGAGCAAGUAUUACAAUCUCGUUAACCCGCAAUUCCGUAACACAUUGGCCGUGCCUGUUGGUGGAUGGGCCGUGAUCCGUUUCACAGCUAAUAACCCUGGUGCGUGGAUUAUGCAUUGUCAUAUCGAUGUUCACUUACCAUUCGGAUUAGGGAUGCUCUUUGUGGUUGAGAACGGACCGACGAAGUCGACCACCUUGCCACCACCACCACCGGAUCUUCCAAAAUGCUAA